AUGCCCUUGAUGUAUAAAAAUCCCCACUCACAUGACACCACUUCCCCUCUUCCAAAUUCCAAACCUCCACCACCGCCACAGCCGAUUCACCGCCAUGAUUUACGCCACCAUCACCACCACCACCACCACAAUCAAUCCCCCUUCAUGUUUUCCCCACCUUGCCGGCUCAUGCUAGCUACAGGCACCUGGCUCCGAACCCGACGGAGCCGCUGCGUGUUCCUCCUCCUCUUCUCACCGAUCCUCCUUCCCUUUCUUUGCGCCUCGUUGCCUCUCCUCUGCGCCGCAGAGCUAUGCAUCCGCCUCUGCCACGGUGGGCGGAGGAAGAAAGAUGAAGACGGAGGCGAUCGGUUGCGGCGGUGUGAAGAGGGUUUUUGUGACUGUGGUUGUGUAGAGGAAGAGGGGAAAGAAAUUGGGUUAUUGCAAAGGUAUUUAGAAGAUCAGUUACGGCUCGUUGGAUCUAUGUACGAGUGUGGUGAUGAAUUUGAUGAUGAUCAAGAUGGUCAAAAUGAUCAUCAUGAUUAUAAUGUUGAUACUCCUCUUUUGGGUUAG